UCAGAGGUUGUGAAGCUGUCAUGGCGGCGCUGUGUCGGACCCGUGGUGUGGUUGCCGAAAGCCAUUUUCUGCGGGUAUUUCUCUCCUUCAGGCCCUUUCGGGGCGCAGGCACUGAGAGUGGCUCUGAGAGUGGGAGUUCUGAUUCUAAGGAGCCUAGGACGCGCCCAGGAGGCUUCGCGAGCGCGUUGGAACGGCACUCGGAGCUGCAGCGGAAGGCGGAACUCGGGCAGGACUCUUCAAAAAAUGUGGAAUCCUUCGCAUCCAUGCUAAGACGUUGUCCUCUUACACAGAUGGGACCUGCCAAGGAUAAACUGGUCAUUGGACAAAUCUUUCAUAUUGUGGAAAAUGAUCUUUAUAUAGAUUUUGGUGGCAAGUUUCACUGUGUAUGUAAAAGACCAGAAGUGGAUGGAGAGAAAUACCGAAAAGGAACCAGGGUCCGGCUGCGGCUGUUAGAUCUUGAACUUACAUCUAGGUUUCUGGGAGCAACAACAGACACAACCAUACUAGAGGCUGAUGCAGUUCUCUUGGGACUCCAGGACAGUAAAGACUCAAAAUCCAAAGAGGAACGUCGUGAAAAAUAAAUGAACUGUGCUUAGUGGAGUCACCCUUUCUUUGUUAAACACAGGUAUCCAUCAAGAAUGCAUGAGAAUAUUGUGAAUAAAUGAUUAAAUAAAGAGGUAAUAAAUGAAAGCUACAAUUAU